ACGGCGGCGCGACACAACGCGGCGGGCGGGCCGCCACUCGCGAUAACUCGCGUCGGCGGAAAAGGCGGGAGAAGACCGCCGCUUCCGCGCACAGACACGGCGCCGGGGCAAAAUGGACGAUAAGUUAAUAUUGGCCGUAUUUAACUACCCGGAGCUGUACAAUGUCACUUUGCCGAAUUACCGCUGCACGGAAAGUCGGGUGAACGCGUGGAGGAGCAUCAGCGUCACCCUGGGUCUCCCGUCCGAGGAGUGUAAAAGAAAAUGGAAGAACAUGAGAGACCGAUAUUUGAAGGAAGUCCGAAUGGAGAUCAAAAGCAAGAAGCAAGGCGAGCUGAUACAAAGCAGAUGGAAGUACAGACAGCUCAUGAAUUUCAUCGCACCCUUCACCGGAUCGAGGAGCGGACUCGCAGAAGUCUGCGGCAGCGACGACGACCAUGACCACCCGGACAACGAACACGGCAGCGCCGAGGGGGAGACGGCGCCGUCCGAAGCGGUCAAGGCGCCGCAGUCCGUCACCAAGGCGAGUCAGCCCGACCUCAAGCCCCAGGUAGCCUACAUGACGCAGAUCCACAACAUGUCUCAGGACGCGCUGAUGUCCCAGCUGGGCGUCCUGGCGAAGAGGCCCGCGAGGCCGUCCAGCCCGCAGAUCGCGGCCGUCAGCACAACGGGGCGGAAGCGGCGCCCGGCGCAGGAGCCGCUCUCGCCGCCGUCUUCUCAGAGCGCCCCGUCGCCCAACAAGUGGGUGGUCAAAGACAAUGGCGCCUCGUUUCCCAACCGGCCGCGGGACGAGGACGAACUGUUCCUGCUGAGCUUUGUCCCCGCGCUGAAGCGACUGGCGCCGCAGAAAAGGUGCGAGACCAAAAUAAAGAUCCAGCAGAUCAUGUACGAAGCGGAGUUCAACGUGGCGCAGGCGGCAUCGCAGGGGAAGCAGACGGAGGACUAAGCGAGACGGACUACUUUUAUACUUUAUCAGAAACUUUCUCAACGAUGAUCCAAAUAUAUAUUUUUUUCUUUCGUUUUUUUUAUGGCACACCGUGGUUGAGUGUGAAGUGCAUUACCUAAAGUGAAGAAUAACUAAACAUGUGACCAAUGAGCAAGUUUGUUGUGUCCAGAUUGACACAUUUAGAUGAGUGCAAUCAACCUAACAAACCCGGCCAUUAAAAAGGACAAUAGACAGACUAUGAUUAAUAUCUUUAAUUACAGAGCUUUGUCAAUAAAGUGGAUUCCUAUUUAGAAAAGUC